CCCCAACUUCCGAUCCAAGCUUUAAUGACAGCCCAAAAUCACAGAUCUGUUCAAUUCCGUCGCUCGCCUGGCCAUCGUCACCAAGCCGGCGCUCGUUUGGCCAUCGUAACCUAACCGUCUCUCACGGAACAAGGCAGCGCAGCCAUUGAUGACGAUGUCUGAUAUUUGAGAAGCAUCGGCGAAGAAGAAUAAGAAGAAGAGUUGUUGUGGAUCGGAAGGGCGGCGGCGGCAGCUGGAGUGCGGUGGAGCGGUGGGGAGUCAUCGGCUGGAUGCGGUGGAGUGGCAGGGCGUCAGCGGCUGGAGUGCCAUAGAGCGUCGCCGGCUGGAGUGCAGUGGAGCAUCUCCGGCUAAUGUGCAGUGGAGCGCCGACUGGAGUGCACUGGAGCGCCGGCGGUUGGCCUUGGAUGGAAGAGACGAAGCUCAAGUCUAAAUAGGAUUCAGAUUUUUGGAAAAGUUAAAAUGGGUCAUAGUUUUGGAUUACUGGACGAGUUAUGGAGAUAUGAUUGAGGUGCCUCGAGGAUUCACUUAAGUUCAAAUUGGGGAAGGCGAAAUCUUGAUGUUCUGCUAAAAGAGAAGACAGAUGAUUCUAAACGAUCUACCACAAGUUGAGCCUUCUGGAUGUAUCACCUGGAAUGAAGAAAAUGAUGGUGAGUUCACUCUCAAGUCUGCAUAUGAAGAAGUCAGGGACUUGGGAUUUAAUUCCUAUACUUAUCAACAGAUUUGGGAUACCAAGUUAGAGCUUAAAACUAAGAUUCUUAUGUGGAAAAUUGCUAAAGGUAUUAUUCCUACCCCGGAUAAUCUUAGCAGAUUUCAUUUGGUGCUUAAUCCUUCUAGAUGUCCUAUAUGUAAUAAGCAAGAAGACUCUAUGAGGCAUCUGUUUUAUCAGUGUGAGGUGGUGAGAAAGGUAUGGAGUUAUUUUUUUAGCAUUUUUGGAAUCUAUCAGACCCCUGGAAUUGACUAUAGCAUGUCUUGCUACUGGAAGGCCGGGACUGCAAAAAAUAGCAUGGUUGAUUUCUUUAAACAAAAUUUGCCUGGAAUCAUCUGCUGGAUAGUUUGGAAGAAUUAUGCUCAUCGGGUUUGGGGAAAUCAAGGGGGGUCUUCUACUACAUCCAAUAUUAUUCUUCAAGUCAAAUUGUAUUCGCAGAACUGGAUUACUAGCUUUAAAAAUCUGAAGUUUUGGAUGGUAGAGGAUUUUUUGACACAAGAAGGACUUUUGCCAAGAAAUUUCAAGCAGGAUAGAAUUUUUCCUCAAAUUAUUAAAUGGCAUAAGCCGAUUGAGAAGUUUAAACUGAAUGUUGAUGCUAGUUACCUAGUAGCUCAAGCCGCAGGAGGUGCGAUGCUGCGAGAUAGAUCUGGCAAGCUUGUGGUAGCGAUCGGUUUUCCGGUGAAAGCGGCGUCGGUCCUGGAGGCUGAGCUCAGAGCUGUUUUGUUUGCAACGAAAUGGAUGAUGGAUGAAGGUUUUGAAGGGUUUCAGGUGGAAACCGACUCUCAGUUGGCUUUGGAGUAUAUCGCAGGUAAGAAGGGGAGAAGAUGGGCGGACGAAAUCAGGGAAGUAUGUUCGAGGAGUUUUAGGAAACAGAUCAGUUUUGGGCAUACUAGGAGAGAAAGCAAUUGGGCCGCUCACCAUCUGGCCCAAUUGCGGGUUGAUAGAAUGAUCAUUUAUUCGAGCACGGGUCAACUUCCCACUUUUGUGAAACGGGCUUUUUGGAUGGAUUAUUUUGGCAUUCCUUCAGUUAGAAUAUGAUUUUAGGUGCCUAUGUUUUUAUUUGUUCGGGUUCGGUUUGGCCCCCCCAUCUUUUUUGUACUUCUAUUAUUUUCUAUAAUAAAUUCUGGUAAAUGUCCCCCGGCAUUUACCCCACUGAUUUUGGUGGUUGGCCUUCCG